GGGUCCUUAGCACACGGUUUUGUUUACACCCACGUCACCAGGAAAUACAUGCCUAAAGUGUCAAAAUCAGAAUGCUGAGACAGGAAUCUCAGGACGCUCCUCUUUUUGGUGAAGAUGACGAUCACACCAAGCUAAAAAAAUCUAAAAUUAGGCAUCCUAUGGCUUCAUUCUUCCACCUCUUCUUCCGAACAAGUGCCAUCUUGGUCUACUUACUGUGCGACAUCUUUAGCAGUCGUUUCAUCGUCUGUAUGGUCACAAUCAUCCUCCUGUUGUCUUGUGACUUCUGGACUGUCAAGAACGUCUCUGGCAGGUUGUUGGUGGGCCUUCGGUGGUGGAAUAAAGUGGAUGAAGAUGGAAAGAGCCACUGGGUGUUUGAGUCAAGAAAGACACACAGUCUGAAUAUGACAUCCAGUGCUGAGUCACGGAUCUUCUGGCUUGGACUUAUCGUGUGCCCCAUCUUCUGGAUCAUCUUUGUGUUCAGCUCCAUCCUCUCCUUCAAGAUAAAAUGGCUGGCUGUUGUGAUAAUGGGCUUGGUUUUACAAUGGGCCAACUUGUAUGGUUAUGUCAGAUGCAAGGUGGGUGGAAAGUCCAACCUGAGUAGCAUUGCAAAGAACUACCUUGGUGUCCAGAUUUUUAAACAGGCAAUGAAGAAAACAGAGGGACCUUAAAGGUGAAGAGGACAAGUGACAACCAUCUGCAGUGUGAUGGAGAACAACAUUGGAUGAACACGUUGUAUUUACUUGAUUGCUGUUGAAAAGGUGGCUGGUCUUUUCUGAGGGUGUAUGGGUUUUGUAUGUGUUGUUUCCUCUGAAUUCAUUGAGUUAUGAAUUCAAGAACUGCCAAAGAUUUCUAUACAUUCAAAUAAAAUACAAUAUAGUUUUUGAGAUUAAA